AUGUCGAUGAUCUACUUCGUGUUCAACAGGGGAAUGUUUCUGGAAAUUUUUUCGGGAUUUACUGUCAAAGCAUUCGAAGACGCCGGAUAUACACGAAUCAUUGGUGUAUUCGAUGUAUUUCCUUAUCUAAGUAAAGUCGAUACAAGUAUACAUACCGCCAGAGUGCACGAGAAAAGGUCAGCUCAGGACCGUAAAACACACGCAAUCCUCCAUGUAACCUUCAAAAUAUAUAAAAACCAACAGUGUAGUCCUGACCCCGCUAAUAACAGAGAGUGUGACUCUAACGGAAACCUUGUGUGUUCAGAGCAUUUCUACGGUCCACACUGUGAGAAGAAAUGUGAACCAACACGUAAUGGGCACUGUGAUAGCAGCGGUUCAACCUGUAAUGAAAGUUCGGCUACAACAUAUCCUCAGGAAAAGUUCGAGGAACUUAUGCUCCAAGACAAUAAAAGACUGACAUUGGAUUACGAGGUGUUCCGAAGUCAAUGUACACCACAACCCGAACAGCAUCGUGUGUGUAAUCAAGAUGGCCGCCUGGCUUGUGAGACGGACCACUACGGACCAAACUGUGACAGGAUCUGUGUACCUACCGACCACGGCACUUGUGACAAACUUGGGCAUUUGAUAUGUAAUAAUAGCUACUACGGACCCAAGUGUGAUAUACACUGCGUGCCUUCCGGACAAAAGACAUGUGACAAAAACGGAAAUCUGCGAUGUCACCCGAACUAUUACGGAACACAGUGUGAUGUCCAUUGCGUAUCAACUAUACACGGAAGAUGUGACACACACGGAAAGCUACGAUGCAUUAACUACUAUUACGGUCCAAGAUGUAACGUACACUGUGAGGCUACAGGUAAUAAAAAUUGUACCAACACAGGAAGAACGGUUUGUAAAGAUUUCUUUUAUGGAAAUAAUUGUGAAUCCCGUUGCAGCACUAGCGUUAUAACCAAUUUUAGACGGAACAACGAAGGGACAUUGAUUUGUACGAAGGACUAUUAUGGUCCUUGUUGUAACCAGGUAUGUCCACAUCUACAGCAUGGUCACUGUAACGGUACUCAUCUCGUCUGUGAUCCCGGAUACUUUGGAUCCACGUGCGCAACGCAUUGCCUAUCAACCGACCACGGCAAUUGUAACACCAAUGGACAGUUGGUGUGUGACCACAACUUCUAUGGGUUGUCUUGUAACGUGUCGUGUAUUCCUACAGGACACAAGUUAUGUGACAAAAAUGGAACUCUACGCUGUGACAGGAAUUACUACGGACCUCCGUGUGAUGUUUACUGUUCAGUUCCGAAUGGUCAUGGCACCUGUGACAGUACCGGACAACCUCAGUGUGGUCAGGCAUAUUACGGUCCGAGUUGUAAUAAGUCAUGUCUAGUUAAAUCCAACGGACAUUGCAUUGCCAACGGAACUAUAGUUUGUGACAAAAACUAUUUUGGACCCUUAUGCGAUACAUUCUGUGCGGUUCCAAAUAAGCUGCAUGGAAAUUGUGAUGAUAAAGGAGAAGAACACUGUGUUGGUCAUUACUACGGUGAGAACUGUACCAAGAUAUGUCCUGUUACGGUGAAGGGACAUUGUCUUUUCAAUGGAACAGUUGUUUGUGAUCGAUCCUAUUACGGCCCCACGUGCAACACGCAUUGUGCGUCUGUGCUACAUGGAACGUGUGACGAUACAGGAACUCUACGUUGUGAUAAAACCUACUACGGGACUAAAUGUGACCGCAACUGCGUACCGACUAACCAUGGCAAUUGUUCCAAUGAGGGAACACUAGUAUGUGACCAAACAUACUUCGGUAUUUCGUGUGAUGUCAUGUGUGUCAAUGUUACACAUGGAGCAUGUAACAUUACUGGAAAACUCCAAUGUGACGGGAAUUACUAUGGUCCCACUUGUGACACGUAUUGCACUAACAAACAGCACGGAAAAUGCACGGAUAACGGAACCUUACUAUGUAACAAAACCUACUAUGGGGAAAACUGUACUAUCCGGUGUACUGAUUCAAAUAAAGGACAUUGCAACGAAAAUGGCACCCUUGUGUGCAAUCGACACUUCUAUGGUACUCAGUGUACUACGUUCUGUAACGCUACGGAGCAUGCGACUUGCGACCAAAAUGGAGUACUUGAAUGUAAUCAAAAUUACUAUGGUUCAGCGUGUGACGUACACUGCCAGGAUACGCAACAUGGCUUGUGUAAUAGAAGUGGAAACCUGAUCUGUAAACCAAACUUUUAUGGGCCAACCUGUGCGACGUUCUGCAAUACUACAAAUCAUGGACAUUGCGAUAAAAAUGGAACUCUCGUAUGCAGUUUCAGCUUUUACGGAAACGAUUGUGCAAUUUUCUGUAACAGCAGUAAUCACGGAACGUGUAAUCAAAAUGGAACUCUUGUAUGCGACUUUGGCUACAAUGGUUUGAACUGUGAAGUUUCUUGUAGCAAUACCAAGCAUGGUACUUGCAACCAAAAUGGAAUUCUUGUUUGUGAACAAGGUUUCUAUGGGUCGAACUGUGACGCUUCUUGCAAAAACACGUCACAUGGAUCUUGCAAUCUGAACGGAACUCUUGUUUGUAAAACUGGUUUCUACGGUGUUUACUGUGACGUUUCAUGUAACGACGCACAACAUGGAACUUGCAACCAACGCGGAAUCCUUGUAUGUGAAACUGGUUUCUAUGGUUCAAACUGUGACGUUCAGUGUACAAACACAUCACGAGGAUCGUGUAGUCAUAACGGAACUCUUGUAUGUAAAUCUGGUUUCUACGGUGUACAUUGCGACGCUUCUUGUAAUAACACAAAGCAUGGAACUUGCAACCAUGAUGGAACUCUUGUCUGUAAUGCUGGAUUCUAUGGUUCGAACUGUACCAUUCCCUGUACCAACACAUCACAAGGAGCGUGUAGUCAUAACGGAACUCUUGUCUGUAAUGCUGGAUUAUAUGGUACGAACUGUAACAUUCCCUAUACCAACACAUCACAAGGAUCGUGUAGUCCUAACGGAACUCUUGUCUGUUAUGCUGGAUUCUAUGGUACGAACUGGGACAUUCCCUGUACCAACACAUCACAAGGAGUGUGUGGUCCUAACGGAACUCUUGUCUGUAAUGCUGGAUUUUAUGGUACGAACUGUAACGUUCCCUGUACCAACACAUUACAAGGAUCGUGUAGUCAUAACGGAACUCUUGGCUGUAAUGCUGGAUUCUAUGGUACGAAAUGUGAAAUUUCCUGUAACAACACAUCACAAGGAGAGUGUAGUCCUAACGGAACUCUUGUCUGUAAUGCUGGAUUCUUUGGUACGAACUGUGACAUUCCCUGUAGCAACACAUCACAAGGAGCGUGUAGUCAUACCGGCACUCUUGUCUGUAACGACGCACAACAUGGAACUUGCAACCAACGCGGAAUCCUUGUAUGUGAAACUGGUUUCUAUGGUUCAAACUGUGACGUUCAGUGUACAAACCCAUCACGAGGAUCGUGUAGUCAUAACGGAACUCGUGUCUGUAAUGCUGGAUUCUAUGGUGCGAACUGUAACAUUCCCUGUACCAACACGUCACAAGGAUCGUGUAGUCAUAACGGAACUCGUGUCUGUAAUGCUGGAUUCUAUGGUACGAAAUGUGAAAUUUCCUGUAACAACACAUCACAAGGAGAGUGUAGUCCUAACGGAACUCUUGUCUGUAAUGCUGGAUUCUAUGGUACGAACUGCGACAGUCCCUGUAGCAACAAAUCACAAGGAGCGUGUAGUCCUAACGGAACUCUUGUCUGUAAUGCUGUAUUCUAUGGUUCGAACUGUACCAUUCCCUGUACCAACACAUCACAAGGAGCGUGUAGCCAUAACGGAACUCUUGUCUGUAAUGCUGUAUUCUAUGGUACGAACUGUGACAUUCGCUGUACCAACACAUCAAAUGGAACAUGCAACCAACAUGGAACCCUCGUUUGUAACACUGGUUUCUUUGGUGUAAACUGUGACGUUUCUUGCAAAAAUACAUCACAUAGAUCAUGCGACCAAGAUGGAACCGUUGUUUGUAAUUCGGGUUUCUAUGGUUCGAACUGUGACAUUCCGUGUAGCAACACACAACAUGGAACUUGUAAUGAAAAUGGGAACCUCAAAUGUGAUACCAACUUUUAUGGGCCAGACUGUUUAACACCUUGCUAUAACAUCUCCAACAGCCACUGUACCGAAAAUGGUACAAUAGAAUGCAACCAUGGGUAUUAUGGGCCAGACUGUGACGUCAUAUGUUCUGAUGUAGAUCAUGGUCAUUGUGAAGUAAAUGGUUCACUAGUUUGUGAUAUCAACUUCUUUGGAACGAAUUGUUCGCAAAAAUGUAGCAUUGAUAAUAUUGGCGGUAUCAAGCACGGAAAAUGUGAAAUCGGUAUCGGACCUGUAUGUUAUCCAGGGUAUACGGGACAACACUGUGGCCAGAAUAUUGAUGAAUGUCUGAACAUCACGUGCUUUAACGGCGGAAGUUGUGUUGAUAUAACUAAUGCCUACAUAUGCGUGUGUUCUAGCGGUUAUUCUGGAGCUCACUGUGAAGUUGACAUAGAUAAAUGCAGAAGUAGCCCAUGUUUCAACAACGGAACAUGUGUCAACCAUAACGGUGAUUUCUCAUGUGCAUGCGCAAAUGGAUGGACCGGAAGUGCUUGUGACUUUAAUAUAGAUGAUUGCAAAAAUGUUAUGUGCAUGAACAAUGGCACAUGUGUGGAUCAGUUGAACUUUGAUGGAAUCAUCGACCAAUACUCACUUCCAAAAGUUUACAAUGCACUGACGACAAUAUUGUCUUCGAAAUUGUGUUCUGGUUCAAAGGUUUAUGUGAAAGAACAGAGGACCGAACAAAGGAAUAAAGGGAAAAAGCAAUCGACCUUGACACUGUCUGUCUCGUGCGUUGGAAAAUCCCUCAGCACGAGAGAUAUCUAUGAGGAGGUGUACAAAGCUCCGGAUACCACUUUCCCUCUCCCGCUAAUUAACACCAACCAACACACUACCAACCCACCAUCAGAGGAAGCAGAUAACUGGCUGGAAAACAACUGGAAAAUCCUACUAGGUGCGUCUAUGGGUGUGACUGUGAUCAUGAUCAUCAUUGUCGGUAUACAGCUCGCAAAACGGUCCAAACGACGGUAUAUGAAAGAACCGCAGGAUUUCGGAGAAACAAGCGACAAUGUACACACUAACCCAAUGUAUAUGGAAUCCGAACAUGUUGUAAAAUUACAUGAAUUUGAAUACGACGCGUGAUAGAUUACAACAAACCAUAUAUCUAACCCUGAAGAAAAUGCAGUUUUGCUUAAAAGAAUAACACGCACGAAAUUAAUAUAUUGUAGAAAUGAAAAAAAACGACGCAGUGUAGAAGAAUUUUAAACUUUAAUCAAAGAUUUUGUGUCGGGAGGAUAAGAUCAGAAUUUGACAAUAUGAGAGAAAUUCUAGAGGUUUAGUUCACUUACGUUCUCUUCACCGAUGGAAUAAUUCACAACAUAACUGAACCAUCUUACGCAUAAUUCAAGCAGACUAGUUUGUACCAUUCAGGUACAUCAAAAGAAAUGCGCAGCAGCAUAACGGUAUAUUGACGAGGUAUGAAGUCGAGUGUCGCUCCCCUUUAGGAUAUCAGUCUGGCUAUUGGUUAGUUUUUUUAUUUAAUGAAACCUAUCAAAAAGCUAAUUGUGUGCCUUCAGAUUUGUCAUGACAUACGCCAGGGAGGAGAAAACGAAAAUGAUCACAACCCUCGGAAUUUCCAGGAUGGACAUUAUGGUGUUUCUUUGACGACAAUUAGUUAUACACAUGUGUACAGAAAUGUAUGUACAUGUGCGGGUUAAUAAAUUCAUUAGUAUUAUAUUUUUCAUUGUUAUAUAAUAAACGAAAAUUGCGAAUGACGUAUCAAAUAGAAAGAAGUCAUAUUAUAUCUCUUUCAUCAUGCAUAUCUUUUGAUAUA